UUGUUCAUCUGUGAUCACUGUGAUGUUUCUGCGUCGAAGUCGAAGAUGAUGACGCCAUUCAAACGCUUACACAUAGUUCGCACCCUCUAUCGUUCAUCUCAAAAUGGAGAAUCUUCUUCGUAUCUACUCGGUAGCUGCAAGAGUUAUUCCUCUGCUCUAUCAAACGGUUCUGAGGGUAAUUUCAGGAGCUUCUAUCCUCAUUUGUUAAAGGGCUACGAUGGCUUUCCCUUUGGUGGUGUAAAACCUUUGACACUACGAUCUACGAUGGCUGCUGAGUUGUCUAUUUUCUUGAAUGAUAAGAGGAUGGUAACUACUCAAGCCAGAGCUUCACCACAAGCACGACAAAUGGGAGCACAAAUAUCCAUAACAAGUCCCGGAUUUAUCUAUGAACCUUAUGAACCUCGUGAGAAAAUCUCAUUUUGGAAGAGAUGGUUCACUAGAAGUGGUUGGAGAAGAACCAAAAAUGACAUAAUUCUUGAGCUUAAAAGUGCCUAUGCUAUUCAAAAGUUAAGAAAAGCAGGAUAUUCAAAAACACAGUUCUAUAAGGAGGUUGUCAAUAUGUACAAGGAGAUAAACACACUAAUAGCUAAUGGCGACAAAAGAUCAUUAAGGAAAUCAGUUACUGAGAAGAUGUUUUCUGCACUUAAGAAUGAAAUUAAGCAAAGAGAAACUGCAUCAUGGAGCCAGGUAUAUUGGGAAAUGGUUGAGCCAGUUGUCAAGAUACGGACGUUGCGUGCUCGUCUGAUUGGAGUUGAUCGAAAAGACCUAAAUAAAGUAUUUAUUCAGCUUACUCUUGAGAUUUUGGCUAAACAGAAAUUUGCAGCAUAUGACUCAAAAGGUUCUGUUGUAGCUGGAGAUAAGAACAAGGAGGUUCUUGUUCGUGAUAUAUGGGUAUUUGAGAAGUCUAUGUUUCACCCCGGUGCAUACUGGCGUCUGUGUGGACGGAUAUCCCCAAAAACAUGAUGGCCUUGAAAGAAGAAACCAAAGUUUAUGAUAGUUGGAUGUUCCUGUGUUGUAACUUAUAACUGUUAAGCGGAAUUCGUAUAUUUGUCACUGGAGCAUUGUCCUCUGAAUAAGUAAAAUAUAGGUGUAAACCUAUCCAAAUUUUGUUCUUUGAAUUAAAUCCAUUUGGAAAUUUUUUAUUUUAUUUUUCCCU